AUGACCAACAAACCCAUCGCCAUCAUCGCGGGUGUCGGCUCAGGCACCGGCGCAUCCCUCGCUCGCCACUUCGCGAAGUCCUACCCCGUUGUCCUUCUAGCUCGCAAUCCAUCUAACUUUGAUGCUCUUGCCGAAGAAAUAAACAAGUCCGGUGGUGAGGCUAUCGGCAUUUCCACGGACGUCAGCAGCGAAGAGAGCGUCAAGAACGCGUUUGCGAAGAUCAGAGAAGUCCACGGCGGGGCGCCUGUCGCAGCGAUGAUCUUCAACGCAAGUGCAAGGCCGUCUAGGAAGCCAUUUCUGGAAUUGACGACGGAGGAAUUUGGAAUGGGGUGGGAGGUUAGCGUAAAAGGAGCAUUCCACAUCGCCCAGAACGCCAUCCCCCUCCUCCUCACGCACGUACAGUCCAACCCGCCUGCCGGCACCUACCCACCAACCCUUAUCUUCACGGGUGCGACAGCCAGCGUGAAAUCCAACGCCCAAAUGUCAUCUUUCUCGACCGGAAAGUUCGCCUUACGCGCUUUAUCCACGAGCCUCGCCAAAGAAUUCGGUCCGCAAGGUGUACACGUCGCGCACGCGAUCAUUGAUGGUGUGAUCGAUAUCGAGCUUACGAAGAAAUACAUCGAGGGGAAACCGGAAGAGGCGAGUAUUGGGAGUGACGAUAUUGCAGAGGUUUACUGGGGGCUACACACUCAAGGACGAAGGGGCUGGGUUAAUGAGGUUGAUGUGAGGCCUAUGCUGGAGAAGUGGUAG